AUGGAAGAUUCUAUAUGUGGAAAAUUUGAUCUUUUGAGGAUGUAUUUACCAGAUGAAUUAAAAGACAAGGGGAAAUUUGAACUAGAAGAUAUCAGUAAUUACAAUAAUUACUGCCCUAAUAGAGAUUGCAAUAGUGAACUCGAAAAAAUUACGAUUGGAUUUUUAUGGUUACUUGGAGAAUAUUUUACUAAAUACCCAAAGAAAGGUAAAAGUGAAUAUAAUGAUAAACCAUUUUUUCUAUAUAUUGUUUUAUGGUUAAGUCACAAAUUAAAUCAACACUCGGAGUACCGAACUACCCCAAUAAACGACUUUUAUACUAAAAAUAUAAUUGGUAGUAAUAAAUAUAGUAUUUUUAAGAAUGAUUCCAGCAGAUUUACAGAUUAUAGGGAAUUCAUAGAUAAACAAAUUAAUUUGUUGAAUAUUAAUAUUGAAGAUUUGUCUAAAUUUUAUGAUGCAUUUAAACUAUUAUGUAGUAUAUAUGAUAAUACUGAAAUGAAUACAGAUAGGAAUACAUUGUUAAAUAAUGCAAGUAAAUUUGUUAUAAAAUAUCAAGAACUUAAAAGAGAUUCUAGUAAUUUUGAUGACAGUCCAUAUAAAAAAAUAUUGUCUGUUUUAUCAAAUGAUUAUGAUUAUUUAAAAAAUAAAUGUAAACAUGUUCAACUGAUUCCAGAUAUAGAAGCAGACAUUUCUGCAUUAGCAUUUACAUUUGAAGAUGCAUCAUCAAGUUCGCCGGUGGGAAGCAAAUUAUUUACAGUUUUAUCGAUAUUUGGUGCAAUAGCAUUUUUUUUAGGAAUUUCUUAUAAGUAUUCGUUAUUUGGAUUUCGGAAACGGGCUCAAAAACAAUAUUUAAGAGAAAAAAUAAAAAAAAUAAAGAAGAAAAUGAAUCAUUAA